AGCCCACUACUUUCAAAAUUACAUCUUUACCCUCCACAGCCCUUUUCCCAUCUCCCAAAACCCCCCCAUCGUCCUCCUCCGCCGUCGCACUCCAAAAAUGCUACGUACACUUCUCCGAUCCGCCACCGCCUCACCGGCGAAAUCAGCUCUCAUCACCACCACAAUCACAUCAACAAACUCAACAUCUCAUCACCUCCUAUCUUCCAGAACCUUCGCCACAAAGAAAUCCAAAUCAUCACAAUCAAAAGGCGGCAACAAAGCUCAACCUAAAUCCAAAUCUGACGCCAAAUCGAAAUCAAAACCGGAAGAUAUUGUUGCAUCAUCUUCCGUUGAUGACGCCGCUCAUGACGUCAUCUCCGAUGAAAGAAACCGAAGGCGUCUGUUAGAUGAAGAUGACCGUAAUAAGGCGCUUGACGUCGGACCUAACGGACGGCCGUUAUUUACUAACGCCGGUUCGUUAUCUGAACUUAACCGGAAAGAUGCCUGCAGUUACAUGAAGUUUAGUAGGAAGAAACUGGAAGAGGUGUUACCGGAGAGGUUGCCGGUGGGGAUGGUGAAGGAGUUUGAGGAGACGAUGAGAGAUGCGUUGCUGGUUCGACACGGUUUCUUGGAUUUGCGGGAUAAUUUCAGGCGCAUUGUUGAUCCGCCUUUGCAGGCCAGUAGUAGUAAAGGUUUGACAGCUCAGAAGCAAAUAGUAUUGGAUGGCCCAGUUAGCUGUGGAAAGAGUAUUGCUCUUGCAAUGCUCGUUCACUGGGCCCGUGAUGAAGGCUGGCUCGUUUUUUAUGUUCCCGAAGGCCGAAGUUGGACUCACGGAGGACUUUUUUAUAAAAACAAUGAAACAGGUUUGUGGGAAACCCCUGUCCAAGCAGCAAACAUUUUGCAGGAUUUCGUAAAGUAUAACGAACCGUAUUUAAAGAAGCUUCCUUGUCAAAUAUCGGGUCCAAUACCACUUGGUGUUGGGGCUGGUGUCGGGAGGAUGAAAGACGCUGAUUCAAUGGCAAUGCCCGAAGGUUCAACUUUAUAUGACCUGGUUCAGACCGGAAUCACCACUACACAUGCUUCUGUCGGUGUGGUGGUUCGUUUGAGGGAAGAGCUGUCACUUGUUAAAGAUAUACCUGUUCUUAUUGCAGUUGACCAAUAUAAUAGUUGGUUCACAUUUACGGAAUUCGAGGAGCCAGUGACUGAUCGUUCUAGUCGUCCAAUCCACGCCAAAGAAGUCGCAACGGUGAAAGCAUUUAGGUCAAUGAUGCAUGAUAACAUGAUGGUGGGUGCUUUUUCUCAUUCAACAGCAGUUGGAAAGUUAAGACAAGAUUUACCUGACGUUCCAACAAAUGCACGUGUUAUGUUUCCUCGCUAUUCUCUAGAUGAAGCUGCUGUUGUUUCACACUAUUACCUCAGGCAAAGACUGAUACGCCGUGAAGCAUUUUCAGAAGAGGGAUGGAAAAAGUUAUAUUAUCUUGCAAAUGGAAACGGGUCGGAAAUGAGAUGGUUGCUUCCCUUCAUGCGGUGACAUGACGUAUUUGUCUCUAAUUUAGCUUGAUUGCAAGAAAAUCAUACACUGAAGCAUCUUCAAUUAGAAAAUAAUGUCUCGCCUUUUAGAAAGGUUAGUUUGAACACGAGUUACUGCAACCAUUUGUGCACUCUACUGAAUCUGCAUGUUCGAUCCUAGGCGUUCAUGUUUUUUGUUGGUUUGUAUCGAGGAACAAAGACCAAAAAUGAACGGUUUUGGUUCUGUUGUGAAUUUGACAGGACGUUGAGGUUGUUUUGUUUAGCUCAAACGGAUAGAUUGUUGUUUUGAAGGAGUGUAUCGAGUGAUUCCUGGUUUAUAAGUGUUUUCAUUUAUCAACCGAUUCCGUGACUGAAAAGAUAUUAAUAUUCACAAAGAUUUUGUUUGGAUUUUAA